UUCGUAUAAGGUCAAAAUCGGCGCGGCACUUUUUCAAAGUAAUGAUUUGUCUCAUAUUUUACAUUCUUUGAUUGUACCGAAAAAAUAGUAGAAUUGUACUCAAAAUAUCAACACUGAUAUACACGCCAAAACACAGCACUGACUGUAAAACAGCUGGCGCUUAUGUUUGUUUUUGCAUUCAGUUGCUGUUUCGCCUUUCGUCGUUGAUGUUCGAUUUUCUUGUUACGAUUGUAUAAAAAGAAGGUAAACAAUCACUUUUGCAAAAAAGGUGUGAUAAUGAAAAAGACGGAGCUCAUGUGUAAUUGAUGAUAGAGUUUGUAAAAAAGAAAUUGGCGAAAUAGUUAUGAGAGGAUUGGCGUUAUUUAUAAAUAUUUAAGAAUUAUAGAUUCCUGUGUGGUUUACAAAACAGAAGAAAGGAAUCAUUUAACCACAUGAUGAAACGAUAAAAUAAUUUCAGGGAACUUACACGUUUGGGAGAAGAAAAAAGAAACUAAUUUUGAAUGCAAAGUGAAAAUAGCAGAAAUAGGUGCAUAAUUUAAAAAGGCAAAAGUAAGAAUUACAACGCUUAUACUAAACAUAGCUGUAAGCUGAUAACCUGGCGAGGUGUGGGACUGUGUAGAAACGCAUCACGGAUCAUUUGGAAGUUGUAUGUCGGAGCGCUUCUUGCUGCUGCCCAAAUACAGAGAAAAGGCAAACGGCUAAUGCGCAAUGGACUACCUACAGGAAUGGACUAAGAGUCUACAGGAGUUCCUCUCUACCUAUAUCGACUUGGAUUACUCACUAUGGCUUUACCGAUUACUUUGGCCGCUGAUUGUAACAUUCCUACUUCCACUAGUCUUCGUGGCACUCAUUUACAUUUCAUUUGUGAUGCUUUUCAUUUACAAACUGCACAGGGAGGUAAUCAUGCGCACUGUUCGCACGGAUCGUAAAUUCUGGGAGUUCGGUCGAAAAUUGGUCGCCGCUUUGUGGGAUGCUCACGCGCGCAUUUAUCAUGGCUACGAAGUAAUCGGCAUGGAGAAUAUACCAGAAACUGGACCUGCGUUGAUUGUGUACUACCAUGGCGCUAUACCCAUCGACAUGUAUUACUUAAAUUCACGCAUUAUACUGCAAAAGGAUCGUCUUAUAUACACCAUUGGCGAUCGAUUUCUAUUCAAAUUACCCGGUUGGGGUACAAUAUCCGAGGCAUUUCACGUCAGUCCCGGCACGGUGCAGUCUUGUGUUGGCAUUCUAAAAGAGGGUAAUUUACUAGCCAUCUCACCAGGUGGCGUUUAUGAAGCACAAUUCGGCGAUCAAUAUUAUGAACUGUUGUGGCGUAAUCGUGUUGGCUUUGCAAAGGUUGCGCUGGAGGCCAAGGUGCCAAUAAUACCUUGCUUUACGCAAAAUCUACGCGAAGGUUUCCGACAGCUGGGCAUAUUUCGCAACUUUUUCAUGAAACUCUACAAUACAGUGCGCAUACCGGUUUACCCUAUCUACGGUGGAUUUCCGGUGAAGUUUCGCACAUUCGUGGGUCGACCGAUAGCGUACGAUGGCACGCUAACGCCAGAGGAGCUGCAAAUGAAGGUGGCCGCGGCGUUGGAGGAAUUGAUAAAUCAGCAUCAACGUAUUCCUGGCAGUAUAUUUCAUGCGUUGCUUGAUCGUAUUCCCCCACUUCGUAGCAAAAGAAAAGUCCCGGAAUAAGUCGCUAAAGCGGCAUCUGUUCAGCGUAUUUAAAUUUGAUAAUCUCUACAUACUCUACUGUGUUAAAUUUUCGUUUUUCAUUUCUUUUAAGGGGAGGGAAACGCAAAAGACUUUCUGCUAACUAUACAAAUAGUUUAUUGUGCACCUAUCGGGAGAGUUUUGCUUACAAAACAGAAUAAAUAGUUAAAAAUACUCUUAAAACCCUAAAACUAAAGACAAAGAACAAAACUUACGAUAGUUGAUAGUUCUAUUGUAGACUAUACUCGUAUAGUACUAUGUAUAAAUAAGUUCAUUCAAUUUAUCAAUAACCCAUCUUGCAAUAUGCAACUGUAACUGGAGCUUUUUUAACGUUUACAUAAAAUAGCCUUAAGUGUACUUAAAAUGCUUUCAGCUAAGCUCAUAUCAUGCAAUGUGAACAAUUUCUCUUAUCUAAAAACAUUUAUUUUUUUUUAUUAGAACAGAUAUGACCAUCGGGGUUCGUUUUAUAUUUUGCAUUUAUGUAUAUUUUUAUGAUAGAAUUAAUUAUACAAUGCAUCUGCGCAUUCUGGUUGUAAUGGGAAAUUGAUUAUUCCAGCAAUAAAAAAUGUGUGUGUAUAUAAAUAAAACCCGUAGUUAAGUCGUAGGUUAAAUUUUUAAUUUUGUUUAAAAACAAUGAAAUUGUUUGUGAAAUAGUAUUCCAGCUUUCAUUUAACCGCUCAGUGUACACAUACUUAAACAUACUUGUUUUUUAAAUAAAUUUCACUUCGUAUUAAUUUAUCGGUAUUCACAUACUCAUUUGAGUACGUAAAUGUGUAUUGUGCUGCAUAAAAAGUGUACUUUUUAUUAUAUAAUUAGAUGGCAUGUGAAAAUUAAAAUUAAAAAAGAUCAUAUCAAUUUAUUCAAAACGUAUUGACGUAUUAUUUCGUGAAAAAAGCGCAAACAGCUACUAAUGAUAAGAUAAAUAGGUCAGUUCUUGUUGGGGAAGGUAUAUGAUUAAAAUCUCCGUAAACCUUGGAAGAGUUUAAGUAGGACAAAUGGUAAUAAAGAUGCCUCGAAUACUGCAAGCGAACUAAAAAAUAUUUACGAAAAUCUGAUACGAAUCAAUUUAGAUACACAUAUGCAUGUUGUUAUACAACAACUAAAUUUGUUUUUUAUUUUUGUACGAUUUCUUCAACACUAAUAAGUCUAGGGUCGCGGUUGACGGACUUCUGGAAUUCCUGCUUGUGGGAACAGGACCAAGGACCCACUAAUUUAUCUUAGUCGUGGUAUUAUGAGUAGACUGCGGAUUUUUAUGCUGAAAACGAAGCC